UCAGUUCUGCAAGUAGUUCUAAUUUACUAUCACUGUUCUCUAGCUGGUCUAAAACCGCUUUUGACCUAAAGGGACGCUUUUUGAUUGCCAUGGACAUUUCUCAGUUUCCAGGCAGAAAGAACAGGAAAAAUGCAGGCAGGGCACAGGACAAAGCACUCGGGACAAAAUGUAUGUGAAAUGGUUUGAUACAGUAAUGUUUUACUUUUUUGACAUUUUUAAAUUUCCCGCCAGUUCUGUCCCCCGUACGUCCCGAACGCCGCAGGGAACGGAACCUGGAAGACAGAUGCCGGCAUCGGCCAGAGGACAUUGCCGGGGACGCUGCAGGGGGGAC